CUGAUAACAGUUUCUUGGAUCAUUAAAACGUCGCGUGUAGGCAAAGGCGGUUAGCUGCGAAGACGCUGGCUGUCAUGAAAGACGCGAAGUGUGAAAUCAUGCCUCUCCUUUUGUGGAGCAGGCUAUUUUUAUAGUGCGGCGGGGGUCUUGCUUCAAACGCUUCAGUUGUUGUGAGAUCAUUGUGCCCUUAUUCCCGAAGCCCUGGCAGCUCUGGAGUAAACUGCGUUUUUCAUUCUUUAGGAUAACGAUAAAUGUGAGGCAGAAAGGACGUCUUAUUAGAAUUACUCUUUAGGAUGUUGGAAAGAUUGCAGAAUUAGAGUGUUGCUGUUUGCUCCAGUUGAAGACGUGUCAGUGUUUUCGUGAUGAAAACCCCUUUUCUAAGACUUGGGAGCUGUCACUGAACUUGUGCAUGUUUUAAUUUGGUAUUCCGAGGCUUGCACUAAAACCAGGUGAUUUCUUCUUGAGGCUGGGAUUUGUCUCUGUAGAUGGUGGCAUGCUCUGCACUUCGAAGAGGGUGGUGGUGCUUGGGUAAAUUGACUUCUUCAGGUAUGUAAAUACUGAAACUUGAGAUAAUUGCUUUUGAUGAGAUGGAUAGAAUAAAAUGAUUAAGAUAGCGUGUUAAGCAGUUGCCUAUCGGGCUGAUGUAGUUUUAAACCGCUGUUGUAGGAGGCUUUGCGUAUGGCAGAUAGAAAUUAAAUCCCACUUCAGAGAUGAGCUUGUUCUUUUGCAAAUCUGCAUUGCCUUUUGUAUCCACCUGCCUGGGCCCCGUCGCUAGGAUCUGGGCGCCUGUGCAGCAAAAUGGAUCAGUGCCGUACUUCUCUGCAGUGUAUCGAACCUGUGCUUCCAGCAUCAUUUUUCACGUUUGACUGUCCAGCGUCACAGGCUGUUGUGAAGGUGCUCUGCAAGAAAUGGAAGGAAGCCAUGUCUUCCAUGGGAAAGUAGAGGGUUGCAAAUCAGGAUCACAGGUCUCUGCCUCUAGUUUUCCUGUUAGUCUGCUCUGUAAUACUGGACAAGCCAUUUGAACAGAGGUACGUUUAUACAUUGAGCUGUCAGACGGGCAGAAUUGUCCCUAGUGAUGCUGCAGAUAGGGUGGUGGUUGGCGUGUUUAGAGAUCCUUUGCAGAAGUGCUCCACAAAAGCAGAGGUUGCGUUACCGGGCAGUGCUGGGCAAGGCUGCUCUGACUUGCGCAUCAGCAACUACGUUUUGUGAGAACUUUCACAUUUGCGAGGACUGGAUGGCGAAGGUGCACGCAGCAGGCAGACGGCUGAUGUACACGCUGUAGAAGACGGAUCCCAACUGGUUGAUCGUCAGCGCUUGUUUAUGCCUGCGUAUCUCACACUUGGAAACGUGGUGCUAGGGCCGAUGUUCUUAGUCCUUUCCUUGCCUGGGGACGCAUCUCCUGGCAUUACCGCCACGCAGGCUUCCAGGACGCGUUCAUGAUGGAGAGCCAUGAGGCAAGAGAGAAGUUUUUAAAAACAGAAAAAUGUGAUUGCAAAAACACCAUUGUUGGCAGGAGGACUCGGUGGACUCAGAUAUAACUGUAGGUGCUUCUUAUGUGAAAGAGCUGAGCCACGCCAUCCAGUAAACUGUCUAAAGCAGCAGUUGGCUUGCUUGGAAAUCAUUUCCAGGACUGUGUUGUUGAUAUCGACUGAGUUACCAGAACUUUGCCCUACAAAGCUUUGGAGGGCCACUUCUUGAUGGAUUGCUGUAGCCUCUUAAUUUCUCCAUUGAUCCUGUUCCCUGCAUCGUGAGAACGUUUUAGCCAGCACAGAACCUAGAAAAGUUACAUGGUGUGAACGGAAUGUCUGUGGAUGAGAAGACUGAAUCCCCCAUGUAUGUGUAUGAGUCAACAGUGCAUUGUACCAAUAUUCUCCUGUGCUUAAAUGACCAGCGGAAGCAGGAUAUUCUCUGUGAUGUGACUCUGAUCGUGGAGGGGAAGGAGUUCCGCGCCCACCGGGCUGUGCUGGCCGCGUGCAGCGAAUACUUCUUGCAGGCGUUGGUAGGGCAGACGGAAAAUGACCUGGUUGUCAGCCUGCCAGAAGAGGUCACUGUCAGGGGAUUUGGUCCAUUGUUACAGUUUGCCUACACUGCUAAGCUGUUACUCAGCAGAGAAAACAUCCAAGAGGUCAUCCACUGUGCUGAAUUCCUGCGUAUGCACAACCUGGAGGAUUCCUGCUUCAGCUUCCUUCAGACACAGCUGCUGAACAAUGAGGAUGGCCUGUUUCUGUGCAAAAAAGAUACCACCUGUCAGCGCAUGCACGAUGAAGAGAACUCAGAUGGAGACGAGGAAGAGACAAUGGAAUCGGAGACGUCAAAAAUAUCUUGCCCAAGAGAGAGAAUGCACCAAGAGCCCUUCAAUUUUGAAACCACUGUUUCUGGAGCAGACAAAGGAGAAGGGAUGCUGCCUGACUCUGACAUGCUGAGAGAUACCAAGGACAAUUUGGACAAAGAUGCAGUAACACGGUACCCCAGAUACAAGAAAUACCAGCUUGCUUGUACCAAGAAUGUCUACAACACAUCACACAUCAGUACCUCAGGUUUUGCAAGCACAUUCAGCGAAGAGAGCUCUGGAAAUGGCCUCAAAUCAGGACUUGCUAUGGGGCAGAUAAAAAGCGAGCCUCAGAAUGAAGAGAACGAUGAAGAAAGCAUCACACUUUGCCUGUCUGGAGAUGAACCUGACAUCAGGGAUAAAGAAGGGGAUGUUGAAAUGGACAGGAAACAGCCAAGCCCCACUUGUGUCGACAGGCCUAAUAAAAGUGGGUCCUCUCCUUCUUGCUUGCGGUCUUUCUUCAACAGAACAAAAAGCGUAGAUUUGGUUGGCUUCCCCAGCACUUCCCAACAGCACUUUGGCAGGAGUCCAGCAUGCCCUUUUGAAAAAGGGACAACUCAGGGUGACCACAAAACUGAUUACGUCCCUUUCACGGGGAACUACGGGCAGUCCCAUGCCAUUCAGAAGGAUGCUUCCAACUUCACGGUGGGAUCGCCUCUCAGGGGGCCUGGUUUUGAAACUCUCUGUAAGCAGGAAGGGGAACUGGACAGGAGGAGUGUUAUAUUCUCUUCAAAUGCUUGUGACCAAGUAAACACUUCGGUGCAUUCAUAUUCUGGUGUGAGCAGCUUGGACAAAGACCUCACUGAGACUGUGCCAAAGGGUCUGUGGGCUGGCAGUAGCCAAUCUCUCCCUAGCUCUCAGACCUAUUCCCACAGCGGACUGACAGCUGAUCACUUGCCGGGAAGGAUGCGGCCGAACACCAGCUGUCCAGUGCCAAUUAAAGUUUGCCCUCGCUCUCCUCCUUUGGAAACCAGAACCAGGACCUCCAGCUCGUGCUCUUCCUACUCGUACGCGGAGGACGGCAGCGGCGGUUCGCCCUGUAGCCUGCGUCUUUGCGAGCUCUCCUCCUCCCCUUGCUCCCAAGGCCCGCGGUUCCUGGCACCCGAGCACCAGGAGCCCGGCGUGGUGGGCGAUGGAAUGUACAACCCGGUGCGAGCCCAGAUUAAAUGUGAGCCAUCCUAUGGAACAAACUCCAGCGAUGAGUCUGGGUCAUUCUCAGAAGCAGACAGUGAAUCAUGUCCUGUGCAAGACAGAGGGCAUGAGGUGAAACUUCCUUUUCCUGUUGAUCAAAUCACAGAUCUUCCAAGGAAUGAUUUCCAGAUGAUGAUAAAGAUGCACAAGUUAACCUCAGAACAGCUAGAGUUCAUCCACGACGUUCGCCGGCGCAGUAAGAACCGAAUUGCAGCCCAGCGCUGCCGCAAGAGAAAACUGGACUGUAUUCAGAACUUAGAAUGUGAAAUCCGCAAGUUGGUGUGUGAGAAAGAGAAAUUGCUCUCAGAAAGGAACCAGCUGAAAGCAAGCAUGGGAGAAUUGUUAGAUAACUUCUCGUGUCUUUCCCAAGAAGUGUGUAGAGACAUGCAGAGCCCUGAGCAGAUCCAAGCUCUCCACCGAUACUGCCCCGUUCUCAGACCUAUGGAUCUACAAACAGCCACCAAUAUCAGCCCUUCGCCAGCGGGAGUAGAGCAGAGCCUGGUGACAUCCCAGUGUGUUGGGGAAAGCAUGCAGUGCUGCUCGGAGCAAGGCUCGGUGCAGCUUGGAGCACCUUGGCUGCCGAACAACGUCUCCGAAAAUUGCACGGCCGGCGGCGGGUUGGAUGGAGCUGACCAAGGUACUUACCCUGAGAGAGAGCUUCCGCUAGAACAGAGUAGCCAAACGGUCACGGUAGACUUCUGUCAGGAAAUGACUGAUAAAUGUACAACAGAUGAACAACCUAGGAAAGAUUACACCUAGUGACUUGUAACCUUAACGUUACACCUGGUCAGGUGUUCUUCAGUCAGCCAGUGGCAGUGUUCAUUUGUUGUCUAGAAGAACGUAUUUGGUGCACACUACAGUGGUCUUAGCAGCAAUACUGUUUUUAAGUAUUCCCUCCUCUCUACAAGCAGGAGUUAUCUUCACAAUGGUGCUAUCCCUCGCUCAGGCAGGGAAUUAAACAGUGGCAACACUGUCUGUUUUUGUAUGUUAAUUUCAAUCUUAACAGGGAUGGACAUAACACCUCUGAGGACCCAACCGCAGCUUUUUUCUCAGUGGCCCAUGUCACAAAACCCUAACUCAGGAAUUUGCUCUGAAUGUUCAAUUUUUCAUUGAAGACAGCUUCUUUACACAUCAAAGUUUUAUAGCUAAACUGUACAUAUUAUAUAUAAUAUAUAUAAAAUAUAUAUAUCCAUAUGCAAAAGUCCCUGCAUGCCUCAAUUUUUCUCAUCCUACAAACUGGAAGCUUUCAUUUAUAUUGUAUAAACAAGUUCCAACAUUCCUUUUUUGUCUUUGACGCUAGAACUAGUUUGGUAACUUGUUACACGAUUUUUUUUCUCAGUUCGCAGUUCAGCAAUAUCACUCAAUUUGUACUUAUUUAUAAAAUUUUAAUGUUGGAAGCUUAUUUGAGAUUUUAUUAUAGACAAUUUUUUUGGCACAGCCAUUUCGUGCCACCUGAGCAAUGUGGAUUUAUUUUAUUUUCUUGCAGAUACUGUACAGUAAUGGUCAACUUUGCCACUUGCACUGAGUUUCUGGUCAAACCUCUUUUCAUAAGUGAAGUUGUGACUUCAGUAUAACUUGAGUAUAUGGUUUUCUUUGCUUUAUGGCCUAAAGAAAAUAGAAAAGUUUUAGCUAAUAGACAAACACUCAGGAGAUCAUUAUGUAGGAAAAACAGUCUUGCCAAAUACUGAAUUCACUAUACAAUUUGUAAAGAGAAUCUGCUUGAAUUAUUUUUGUAUUCAGACUUCUUUCUGUUUCACAUACCAAGCUUAAGUGCUGUUAAUGAUGCUUUUGGAUUCCUAUAGGGUAAAGUAUAUUUCACUCUUAAAGAAAAAAGUAUUUGACAACUGGAUCAAUUCAUCAUAUGUUCCACAAAGUAAAGUAAACGGAAAUUGAUACACUUUUGGGGGCUUUUCAUCCAGCCCCAGUUCUGCAGCCUUUACUCAUGAAAGCAACUGCUACUGCGACUAGUCCGUAGAGUCUCACCUCAGCUUUCCCCAGAUGUUACCCUGUUUACUUCACCAGACCUGAGUUGCUGCAGAGCUGGGUCUGGUGAAGUCAGUGAUCCUGCCUUGGUAGGAAGAGUUGCAGGUUCAGACCCCUAAUCGUUGACUUUGGUUUCCAUACAGAAGUCAAGGUGGCACUGUAUCCUCUAAGAGCAAAACAUUCAUCUGUCAACACCCAGUUUGGUUGCUUACCCUUCAAAUCCUUGUGUUCCAGGAUCCUCUCAUCCUACAGCAUUGCCCUCAGCACAAACUGCAGCUAAAAGAGCGCUGUCUCAAAGGAGACUACUCAGUGAAUUGGCUUAGUUGUAACUGUAUUGGAUUUGUAUCUUAAGCAAUGUUGACUCGUGUUAUGACUGUGUGAGACAGCAGCUUUCCGAGCGUAACAUCUGUAUGUACAGCGUAGACAGAAAAACGUCCUCCUAAUGCUCUUUAAUAAUUAUUAUUAUUAUUCUAAGUGUAUUGAGUUUUUCUUUUGUGGUUCUUUGCCCUACGUGUGCCAGGUUGCGCGGCUUUAUCCUGGACGACAACUGUCGUGUGCUUUACUGGCUGAUAUUGUUUGCUCUCGCUGAAAAAAUUGACCAGCUGUUCACACUUGUUUAAAAAAAAAA